AUGCAACUCGCUCCACCGCACCCCCAAUUUUCUUGCCGCCACAAUCCCGCGACAACCUCGGACCGCGGCCUCGUAUUCCACGAAAAGGUGCGUUACCUUAAAGCCCUCAAAGUGAACCCGGACAAGGCUUUCCGCUUGAACCCCACCCUCCGCUCCUCCCCUCUCUCCGCUAUCGAAUCCGUCACGCGAUGCCUCUACUCCCUCGGCGUCCCACGGGCCGCCAUGGGGCGCAUUCUUGACAUGCACCCCGUGCUCCUCACAUGCGACCCCUACUCCCACCUCUACCCUUUCCUCGAUUUCCUCCUCCACGAAGUCCCAAUCCCCUUUCCCGACGUCCACCUCUGCAUCCUCCGCUGUCCCAGAUUGCUCGUCUCCAGUGUCGAUAACCAAUUGCGUCCUACAUUGCGUUUUCUCAGGGAAUUAGGGUUCCGUGGGCCCCACUCCCUUACGUGCCAGACCACCCUGCUCCUCAUGUCCAGCGUGGACGACACCCUUUUGCCCAAGAUUGAGUUUUUGAAGGGUUUGGGGUUCACCCACCACGAGGUUUCCAACAUGGUCGUUAGGUCCCCUGGGUUGUUGACGUUAAGCGUGAAGAAGAAUUUGGUGCCCAAGGCGGAGUUUUUCUUGAAAGAGAUGAAUGGGGAUGUUGCUGAGCUGAAGAGAUUUCCUCAGUAUUUUUCUUUUAGCUUGGAGCGGAGGAUUAAGCCGAGAUUCGAGAUGCUGAGGCGGCUUGGUUUUUCGAUGCCGUUGAAAGAUAUGUUGAAGGUUAGUGAUGGCGGGUUUAAUGCUAGGUUGCUUGAAUUGAGGUUUAAGACUCUUGAAGUAGGAGUAAGACAAUAG